CAUAUUCGCCUGCUAUUGUUUUCUUUUUCUUUUCAUUUUCAGUCCAUUUUUUAUUUUCGUUAUUUAUUAAUUUCUUAUUCCCUGUAUGUGAAAAGUAAAUUACUGGAAUGUUAUUGUGUGGUUGCAAUGCAAGCCUUCCCUCUUUGGUGUAGCGUUAUUUGGAACGGCUGUCUUACCAAACGUGAAAAACGUCGUAACACAAAGGGUUGUAUUUUUUUAUUUUGACAUGUGUCUAAACUAAAAAGUGUUUCAACUUUUUACAUAGAUCAUGUAACGCAGCAAAGCCCUGCCCUUAACGUAUCGACAUCAGUAGCAGUAUUGGCUGCUGCGUUGUUCUGUGCUGAGUUAAUUUUUGUUUCUUGUGAUUGUGAGUAGUGAGAUUUAACUGUAAAGCUUCCUUUUUAUUUUUGCUUUGGUGAAGGAUGAGUGGUCCAAUUUUGGCUUUGUUUGCAGAUUCUAUUCACCACUCCCUUCAUAUUGCCUAAUAAGUUUUCUAGCGAACCAGCGGCAAGGGCGCCGUAUCGGUUCGAUCAAUGACGACGAUCCAACCAGCGAAAAUCAUGGACAAUAGAGCCAGAGCUGCAGAGGAUCAAUGAAACAAGCAACCCAGUAUGUGCAGCAACAACGGCAGCAGCAGCAGCAAUAAUAAUAAACCCAGCAACAACAGAGGCAGCAUGCUCUUCACGUGCAGCAACAACAGCAGGCAAUGCAACAACAACACGCACUGCAACAACAACACGCACUGCAACAACAACACGCACUGCAACAACAACACGCACUGCAACAACACGAACUUGAACAACACGCACUUGAACAACAGGUAUUGCAACAGCAACAGGCCUUACGGCAUCAACAAACUGUGACGCACCAGAAUGGCAAACCGGGGUCGGUCGGAAUUUCACUCAGUUACCACUAUACUGCCAAUACACAGCCUCGUAGCUCAGGGCGAUCGUACCGAGCCAUGUAUGACUACGGUGCCGAUGACAACGGCGAAGUUUCCUUCCGCAAUGACGAUGUUAUCGUCGAUUGCCAACCGAUUGAUAAGGGAUGGAUGAUGGGCACAGGCUGAUCGAGAAUGGUACCGGCAAACUACAUCGAAACUAUCCAGCCAUGUUUUCGUUAUUUGUCCUUACCCCUGAUCACUUGGUUCACUAUUUUCUUUCCUCCUUGUGUCGGAAUCCCUAGAAACCAUCGUCUAUCCUGCAAGCAAUACAUUCAAUUUUCGGUU